UUGUGUUUGCAGAGUCUGAGCUGGGCUGGUGCUGAAAGAACAGGGAUUCCUCACUGGCUUCAUGGUGCUAUAACUGCAGCUGCCUUUUUAAUCUUACCUCCAUACAAAGUUACAUGUCUAAUAUUUAGACAUGAUGGGCUUUGUGAAUAAAAGGACGUUAAUAUUGUUUGUAGUAUCAUUAGUAUACCUAAUAGCAGUCAAUGGUCAAGACGAAGAAAGUGGAGAUGAUUUAGGUUGCUUUCAAGAUGGACAAUCUUACCCGAAUCGAGAUAUCUGGAAACCCAUACCAUGUCAGAUCUGUGUCUGUGAUAAUGGCCUGAUUCUUUGUGAUGAUGUCCAGUGUGAAGCUGUUGACUGUGACAAACCUGAAAUACCUGAUGGAGAAUGCUGCCCAAUAUGUCCUACUAGUGCUCCCUGGGUCGAGUCUGCUUACCCCACUACCUCUGUGGGCAUUUCGGAGGAUAAUGACUAUAAAGUUGAUCCUUAUAACAAUCCAGAUGACACUGACUAUAGAACUCCCAGCAACUCUAACCCUGGUCCUGAUAAUCCAGAUGAAGAAGACUACAGAACUCCCAACUAUAAUCCUGGCCGUGAUAAUAAUCCCUAUGAAACUGACUAUAGAGUUCAUUACAGAGCACAAAAGGGACAGAAAGGUGAACCUGGAGUAGUUCCUUUUAUAACUGGAAUAAGAGGACGACCUGGAUCAAUGGGACCUCCCGGCUCUCAAGGUCCAAGGGGUUAUGCUGGACCAAAAGGACAACGUGGUGCCCGUGGUCCACCUGGUAUUGAUGGAGAACCUGGAAUUCCUGGUCAGCCUGGAGAACCUGGUCCACCUGGGCAUCCCGGUCAUCCCAGCUUAGAGUCGCCAUUUGCAGCUGGAAUGCUUGAUGACAAAUCAGGAGUCAGAUCUCAAAUGGGAUUUAUGCAUGGAGCAUCUGGACAGAUUGGAGCAAGAGGACCCCCAGGGUCACCAGGCCAACAAGGUCCUUUAGGUCCACCAGGUCUUCCAGGAGAAGUUGGAGAUACAGGACCAAUGGGACCUUCUGGCCCUCGGGGUCCAGAUGGACCACCUGGAAAACCUGGGGAAGAUGGUGAAGCAGGAAAAUCAGGAGAGGCUGGACCAAUAGGAUUUCCAGGAUCACCGGGAGCUCGAGGAUUUCCUGGUGCCCCUGGUCAACCUGGGUUGAAGGGUGAUCGAGGACACAAAGGUCUCGAUGGUGCAAAGGGUGAACGUGGAACUGCAGGAUCAAAGGGAGAAACUGGUGUUCAAGGACAAAUGGGUUUUGUUGGUGCAUUGGGUCCAAGAGGAAUUCCAGGAGAAAGAGGAAGGCCUGGACCAUCUGGUCCUGCUGGAAUGAGAGGUCCUUCAGGUAUCACUGGAAAAGCAGGUGCCAUGGGUCCUAUUGGUCUGAUGGGUCCACCCGGUUUCCCUGGUACACCAGGUGUUAAGGGUGAAGCUGGUCCUACAGGUGCUCGUGGUCCUGAAGGUCCCCAGGGCUCAAGAGGUGAAACUGGAGCUCCAGGCCAUGCUGGCCCAUCUGGUCUUAUAGGUCCUUCUGGUCCUGAUGGACUGGCUGGUGGAAAAGGCCCUUCGGGCACUCCUGGUCCGGCAGGUGCUCCAGGGCCCCUUGGGCCUAAUGGCUCUCCAGGACCUCAAGGAAGUACUGGACAACCAGGCAUUCGAGGCCAACCGGGAGAUCCAGGUGUGCCUGGUUACAAGGGAGAAGCUGGCCCCAAAGGAGAAAUUGGUCCAGUAGGAAUACAAGGCCCCGCUGGGUCUCAAGGAGAAGAAGGUAAACGUGGACUUCGUGGUGACCCUGGAUCAGUUGGCCCUCAAGGACCAGUUGGAGAAAGGGGUGCACCAGGUGACCGUGGUUUCUCAGGUGGUGACGGUUUACCAGGUCCUAAGGGAGGUCCAGGAGAGCGUGGCCCACCUGGUGUUCCAGGUCCUAAAGGAAGUCAUGGUGAUCCUGGACGUACAGGAGAGCCUGGACUGCCAGGUGCAAGAGGUCUAACAGGAAAUCCUGGUGUUGUUGGAGCUGAGGGAAAACCAGGACCUGUGGGUCCUACAGGUGAAGAUGGACGUCCAGGCCCAGCAGGACCAAUCGGAACAAGAGGCCCUACUGGUACAUUAGGUUUGCCUGGUCCAAAGGGUGGCAGUGGGGAUCAAGGAAAACCUGGUGAGCAGGGAAAUCCAGGUGUCCCAGGCCCAAGAGGUCUCCCAGGUAAAGAUGGUGAAAUUGGUCCCCAAGGCCCAGCAGGACCAAUGGGUAAAGCAGGAGAAAGAGGAGAACAAGGACCACCUGGUGCUUUGGGAUUUCCAGGUUUACCAGGACCUGCAGGCCCACCAGGAGAAGCUGGAAAACCCGGUGAUAUGGGUGUUCCUGGAGAAAUUGGACCUGUUGGAGCUGUUGGAAAAAGGGGAGACCGUGGUGUUCCAGGUGAGAGAGGUGAGCUUGGCCCAAGAGGAUUGCCGGGUGAGAAGGGAGUUAUAGGUGGACAUGGACCUGAUGGUCCCAAGGGUAGUCCAGGUCCUACAGGUACUGCAGGUGAAACAGGCCCACCUGGUCUUCAGGGAAUGCCAGGUGAGAGAGGCAUAGCUGGACCUUCAGGACCAAAAGGAGACAGGGGUGCUCCAGGAGAGAAGGGGGCUGAAGGUACCCCUGGAAGUGACGGUGCUACUGGUCUUCCAGGUCCUGUUGGCCCAGCUGGUCCUGCUGGCCCCAGAGGAGAUAAGGGAGAACCUGGCCCUAAAGGCCCAUCUGGUCCCUUUGGUUCCCGUGGAAGCCCGGGUUCUCCUGGUGAGCCUGGUCCCAUAGGUGCCGUUGGUUUUGCUGGCCCUCCUGGUCCUGAUGGUCAACCUGGAGUUAAAGGAGAGCCAGGUGAACCUGGUCAGAAAGGAGAUGCAGGCUCUCCGGGUCCACAGGGUCCUGCUGGAAACCCUGGCCCUCCAGGUCCUCCUGGUGUUCCUGGUUUGAAAGGUGGUCGAGGCACACAAGGUCCUCCUGGUGCAACUGGUUUUCCAGGACCUGCUGGCAGAGUUGGACCACCUGGAUCUACGGGGCCAAUUGGUCCACCAGGUCCCCUAGGUAAGUCUGGCAAAGAAGGUCCUCCUGGUAUUCGUGGUGAUCCUGGUGCAGCUGGAAAGAUCGGUGAGCAAGGCCCACCUGGUCCUGCUGGAAGCCCGGGUGACAAAGGUGAUUCCGGAGAAGAUGGCCAGCCAGGUGCAGAUGGACCACCAGGUCCUCCAGGAACAACUGGACAAAGAGGAAUUGUUGGUCUUCCUGGUCAGCGAGGACAGAGCGGCAUGGCUGGCCUUCCAGGCCCACCUGGUGCGCCUGGAAAAGUAGGUUCAAGUGGACCUGCUGGUGAAAAAGGUCCUCCUGGCCCUGUUGGUACACCUGGUAUCAAAGGCCCAUCAGGAGAACCUGGGCCUGAUGGUCCUGCUGGAUCAGAUGGUCCCACUGGUCGAGAUGGUCUUCCAGGUGAACAGGGUGACCAAGGGGAGCCUGGGCCUGCUGGAGUAGCAGGAGCUCAAGGCCCACCUGGAACUCCUGGCCCUGUGGGUCCUCCCGGUGAAGCAGGACAAAGAGGUGAACCAGGUUCCCGUGGGCCAGUAGGCCCCAUUGGGCAAACAGGAAAGCGAGGCCACACUGGUCCUCAAGGCCCAGGAGGUGAUAAGGGAGAAGUUGGUGACAGAGGCGAACGAGGUCAAAAGGGUCAUCGAGGGUUUACAGGUCUACAAGGCUUACCUGGACCCCCAGGUACUAUUGGAGAUCAAGGCAAUACUGGAAUUGAUGGUCCUUUUGGUCCCAGAGGACCCCCUGGACCUAUUGGCCCUCCAGGUAAGGAAGGAAGCCAUGGAUCCUUAGGCCCUGUCGGACCUCCAGGACCGCGUGGAGUGGUUGGAGAAGCAGGACCAGAGGGUCCUCGAGGUGAUCCUGGCCCACCUGGUCCUCCUGGCCCUUCAGGCUUGCCUGGCCCUCAUGCUGUUGAUAUUCAAGACAUCAUGGCUUUCUAUGAUGCUACAAUUCCAGAACCACCACCAGAAUUCAGUGAAGAUGAGGCUCUUCCUGGAACUAGCAACAACAACAGCAAACCUGAUCCAGUAAUUCAUGACACGCUGAAGUCACUAAGCAGCCAGAUUGACAACAUGCGCAGACCAGAUGGAAGCAAAUCUAACCCUGCCCGCACUUGUGCCGAUAUUAAGCAGUGCUAUCCCCAAAAGAAGACUGGGGAUUUCUGGAUAGAUCCUAAUCAAGGUGUUUCAGAAGAUGCUGUUAAAGUAUUUUGCAAUAUGGAAACUGGAGAGACAUGCAUUUCUGCAGACCCAUCCAGCAUACCACGCAAAACAUGGUGGACAACAAGAGGUGAACGUGAUUCAAAGCCUGUGUGGUUUAGUCGUCAGAUGAAUAGGGGAUCAUCAUUUUUCUAUGGUAACAAGAGCCAGUCAGCAAAUACAGCCAAAACCCAACUGACAUUCCUUCGCCUGCUGUCAAAAGAAGCAUCUCAGAAUAUAACAUAUCACUGCAAGAACAGCAUUGGUUACAUGGAUGCAAAAACUGGCAAUCUAAAGAAAGCAAUAGUUCUCAGAGGAGCGAAUGAUGUGGAAAUCAAGGCAGAAGGCAACAACCGAUUCAGAUACACUGUCAUCGAAGACAGCUGCACUAGAAAUGAUGGCAGUUGGGGUAAGACUGUCUUUGAAUACAAAACACAAAAUGUGGCACGUUUACCAAUUAUAGAUAUUGGCCCAGUCGAUAUUGGUAAAGUGGAUCAAGAAUUUGGCAUUGAAAUUGGACCUGUAUGUUUCUUGUAAAAAAAAAAAGACAUGGACAGCUUAAAUUUGGUCCUGGGAGUCUUGAAGUUAUAGCUGAUUUAAUCAGCCAUGUACAUACAAUUGUUUGGAAUUUCCAGGCCUUGGUGCAAAAUAUUUAUUUACCUAUCUACAAAAUACGACUUUUCUAUGAACAUUGGAAUCCUCUUCAGUGCAGACAUGUGGUUAAAAUUGCAGUGACCCCCUUUCUUUUCAUUUUUGAAUGAAUUAAAGGUAUGCAGGUACUUGUGUUGUUCUUGUGCAAAGUAAAAAUAUAUCAGGCUCUAAGAAAAUAA